AAUCCCGAUCUGCCUUGAGAAUCCAUGGGAGAGAGUGAAGAGGCUGGUCAUGGCGCUGUAGUGAAGUUCGUCAGGGGAAAUUCGUCAGGACCAGAACAACACAAAUUUGGACUAUUGCAUAUAGUGUUUUUGGUUAUAAGUGCUUUUACGUUGUUGGAAGUAACCUUGGGCUACUUAUUUUUGGAAGUGAGUUGAUUCGCAAGAGAGCGACGAUUGUUUUUUAUCAGAACGGGAAGCCAGCCUACUUGCGUGAGCAAUAGAUACAAAGUUAACGUUCGUUACACCUAGCCUACUGGAUAUACUAGUGUGCUACUCAGGUGUGGGACGAGUCCAGUUGCUACGAUGGACCACUGGAAUUAAGGAAUUUGGGACUCCUGAUUGUUGGGAAUAUUUUAGCUGUCUGGCAGCGUUUUGGAUUAACAAGUAACGUUAAAUUCGUCUCCUUUCCGUGUGUUGCGAAAACGGAUAGUCGGCAGUCAUGCCAGCGAAAACAAAGUACAAUCUUGUUGACGAUGGCCAUGAUUUGAGAAUUCCAUUGCAUAACGAGGAAGCAUUCCAACAUGGGAUCAACUUCGAAGCCAAGUACAUCGGCAGUCUGGACGUGGCGCGGCCGAACAGCAGAGUGGAGAUCGUAGCUGCUAUGAGAAGAAUACGGUAUGAAUUCAAAGUGAAGAACAUCAAGAAGAAGAAGGUCAACAUCAUUGUCUCAGUGGAUGGAGUGAAGGUGGCGCUCAGAAAAAAGUUAAAAAAGAAGGAGUGGACGUGGGAUGAGAGUAAGAUGAUGGUGAUGCAGGAUCCCAUUUACAGGAUCUUCUAUGUGUCUCAUGACUCCCAGGACCUGAAGAUCUUCAGCUACAUCGCCAGAGACGGACAGAGUAACAUCUUCCGUUGUAACGUCUUCAAGUCCAAGAAGAAGUCCCAGGCCAUGCGUAUCGUGCGGACGGUGGGCCAGGCAUUCGAGGUGUGUCAUAAACUCAGCUUGCAACACACACACCAGAACGCAGAUGGACAGGAGGACGCAAACAAUGACAAGACCUGCAACGAGGAGUCCAUGCUCUCAGCCCGGGAGUUAACGGGAGCGGAGAAGUCGGCGGUUGCUGUGGAGACAGACAUCGAUGCGGAGGAGGCUCCCUUACCAUUACCGGACAGUACAGUCGAGGAGUUUAACCGCGGCGUCACUGACCUGGACGGAGUGGAUGCUACCGCCAAGACUGACCACACACAACUCAACAAUAUCGACAACGACAAGAAGGUUCCAGAGGAGGCCUCUCUGCUGCUUGCGUCCCCCAGGAUGCUGCUGCCGUCAUCGGGUACUCUGCCUCCCACCACCCCCCUGUCAGUCCACCACCAGAUCCAACUGCUACAGCAACAACUACAGCAACAACAGCAACAGACACAUGUAGCCGUGGCACAGGUGCACCUGUUGAAGGACCAACUGAGUGCGGAGGCUACAGCCAGACUGGAGGCCCAGGCCAGAGUGCACCAGCUGCUGCUCCAGAACAAGGACCUGCUGCAGCACAUCUCCCUACUGGUCAAACAGAUCCAGGAGCUGGAGGUCAAAAUGUCAGGACCCUGCUCCAUGGGUUCCCAGGAUAGUCUGUUGGAGAUCACUUUCCGGUCCACCGUCCCCCCAGUUUUGUGUGACCCUACGACCCCGCGACCCCAGGACCAUGUCAACCUCACCCUGCCAGCGCUGGGCAUCAACAUGGGCAUGGGCCAGGAUGGGACGGCCGCCCCCCUCUCCUCCUCCUCCCUGCCCCUAGGCAACCACCUAGUUGACCAGAGUAUGUUUGAGAACUCCAACGCCUCCAGAUCUCCAGGCCAGGGGCUCCAGGCCUCCAGGUUGAUCCAGGCCUCGGCCCGUCGCUCCCUGGUCACUGCUAACCCUGCCCUGGGUAGCAGCCCUGCCGAGGCCCCCUCCUCCACCACUGUCGCUGGAGGUCAGCAGAGGCUGAAGAACGCCCUGAACCUGGGCAAGGUGGUGGGGGCAAAGGUCAAUGACCUGCUGCGGAGGAAGGAACCCAGUCUUCUUGGAGACAUUGGGGUCACAGAGGUCAACAAGAACGUAGGAGCAGUCUGGAGCAAUAUGGAGGAGAUGACCCUGGGGACUACUGCCAAUAGUCAUACCUCUCUGGACUCCUUCCCUCGUCUGGACCCCCCUCCCCCCGGUAAGAAGCGUCUUCCUCGCGCCCUGAAGACCACCCAGGACAUGAUGAUCUCAUCUGACCCUGUCGUCACCACUCCCCCUGAGACCCCCGAUCACUCCCUCCUCCCCUCCCCUGACAAGACCCCCCUCAUCAGCAAGGAGCAUACCCCACCCCAGGAAAAGAGGGAUGGAGAGAAUGAUGGAGGGAGAGACGGAUUCACCGGGCUGACUGGCCCUCUGGACAGCGAGAGGAAAGAGGUGGUGGAGAUGGAGAGAAAUGGAAGUAGUAAGAUGGAUGGAGUGGAAGGGGAUGAGAUGGAAGAGAGGAGAGAGCCAGAGAAGACCCAGAUUCAGCUCCAGCUCUCUGUCCCAGACCUCAUCCAUAAGGACCACCCGGACCCCCACAGGUCGAAGACGUCUGAGCCCAGGCAGAAGGCACCGGGAGUGGACACGAGGCUGGCCUCCACCCCUCUGAAGGCUCCAUACAGGAUCAGUCUGAGUGUGAGUGAGGAUGGGCUGAUGGAGAAUGGCUCCCUCUGUAUGAGAGGAUCAGCAGUUACAGACACAGAGGAGCUUGAACAACACCCCGACCUGCUCUCCUUUGAGUAGAGACACACAUAAACACACACACCACAUACAUACAUACAUACAUACAUACAUACAUACAUACAUACAUACAUACAUACAUACAUACAUACAUACAUACAUACAUACAUACAUACAUACAUACAUACAUACAUACAUACAUACAUACAUACACACACAGACAGUGAUGUGGUGAGGACUUGGCAGAGGGAGAGGAGAAGACAGAAAUUGUGUGUGCGAGACAAUAAGAGGGAGAGAGGAUGUUUUUGACUAGACCCUAGACUAGGGUUAGGGGACAGAGAUAUAGAUUGAGAUGUAGUGUGUUUGUAAGUGAGUGGGAGUUGGAUAUAGUGGUAGAGGAGUGGAUUAAGGAAGGGUGUGAGAGAGGUAGAGAGAACAAGACAGAGACAGGGAAAGAGUAUCUAUUUUAGCAUCAUGAAGGGACAGACCAAAGUGGCUUAGAAUAUUUUCAAGAGAACCAAAACCUCCUGGUCUGCCAAACAUUGUUUUAUAACCUUGUUUUAAGUCAUGUUUUAUAGUGUUAAUCUUAGAAGAUAAUGCUGAAGGAAGAUUUAUACCCAAGGAUUCUAGAUAUCUAGAUUUCAAAUAAAUAAUUUCAAAUGUCAUAGUACCCUUUCAUGCUGAGACAGAACGUAUUUUUUAUGAUCUUUUAUACUUGUUGCCCCUCAGAAAAUGUCAAGCCAUCAGCGGUAAAUAUGAAAACAAAAGUGAACAUGACCAGUAGCAUAACACAGUUUUGCGGGGCCACCUCGCAAGGUCUUGCGUGGAUUGCGGGGGUGUCUGGUACACCAUUGAACACGACAUAAACACUGAUUCAUAUGAUUCAACACCACAAGCGCUUUCUCUGUUUUUAUACGCCCACUGUUGUGUUCCUCAUUCUCACCCUUCAAGUGGAGGCAUGUAUUGUGGGAUACGUGCGAUUGGGUUUGUUUCGCCUGUGUAUGUGUCUGGUUUAUGUUUGUUGAUCGACGGUCAUUGUUUUAGUAGUGCCACUCACAGUCCUGUUGUUUUAUUUCCUUUUUAUGUGUCAUCUUUAUUUUGUAAUUUGAUUUGAAGUAAUGGUCAUUCUGCAACAAAAAAGUUGUAAAAAAUAUAUCACAAACACACACACAGGACACAUAGUAGGACAGAAUGAGGGGAAUGUAAGGCAGGUCUCUCCCAGAGAAAGGAGGCUUUGUCUGGGGCUGCUAUUCUCACUUACAGGCUCCUCACCACUCCACUCAUCUACUCCUUCUCUUCCCCUCUCAUCCACUCCUUCCUGAGAUGAACAAACAGGAUCCACUAUCACAGCCCUUUUAUGCUCCUAGCACAGAUUGAGAUGAAUGAGAUUUUACACGAGUGUUUCACAAAACUGACCGUAGAUCAGUGUGUCAGGGGAACUACUACUCCAAUAGAACAAUGCUUAGUUAUUCUGGGUGGGGUGUAUGUGGAUCUGUGCUUCUAUCAGUCAGCACACAGAAUAUUAGUCUGGACCCAGUAUUUCUGGAAUGUAGUAGCCAGACACUGAGACUGGAGGGAGGGGGGGGACGGGGGGGACGGACUGCAGGCGACAGCAUGAAGAUUGAUACCAUUGGGAGUAUUUACAUCCAGAUUGUUCUUAGCCUAUUGUAUCAACCGAGUGUUUUCCAAACCGUGGGUCUUGGGACCUGGCUGAAAACGUCAGUGACUAAAAACAUGGAUUUGUGUGAUUGGAUGUUGGAAAGGCUAUAUGUAUGUCAAUGUGUUUUUAGAUAAUCUGUUUGAUAAGGCAACCUAAUCAUGAUGUAAACUAAAGCAAUAAUUGAUAUAUUUUAAAUGAAUCAAUCAUCGUUUGUAGUCUAGACGGGUGUUGGCAUUAAAUUGUUAUUUCUAAAUGAGAACACUAAAGAGGACAGUUGCUAAUAAAGCUACAUUUUACAGCAUCAACACAUAGCUUAUCUGUAUCAAUACUAUGCUGACCACUUAAGUUAUAUCAGAUCUUCAAAUGUGAAGGAAUAUACUGUACAUUUGUGGAAAUAUUUUUACUACACCUUUAUUACGUCUCUGUGUAUAUGAAAAUCGUUUCACAUCUUAAGAAAUGAAUGAAAGUGAUUUAUUUUGAAAUACAAUUUAGUCAUAAAUCUAGUAGAAAAUGUUUCUAUUUAGCUAGUUGUAAAGACAUUUGAUUGAAAUGGAAUGAUAUCACAUACUGUGCAUUUGAUUUGUUAUGAUUGAUUUAUUCAUAAUUGUAGUUAUUGUUUUAAGUUUUGUAUUCUACAAGAUGUUCAAUAUCAUUUCACUACUCCGCUGUUGAAUGAAGGAAAGGAGCAAGGAUGAUGUGGAUGUGUGUGACUGUAAGAGAGAGAGAGAGAGAGAGAGAGAGAGAGAGAGAAGCUUGUGGUGUAUUUGGACAUAUGGACAGUUCUGAUGAAGCCUUUCACUGGAACAGUUUCUCUAUUCAUUAUUUGUAAUACAUUUGGGUCACCAUGUGUUACAACAAAUCUGUGAUUUAAAUGUUUGUUUUUGAUUUAUUUAGAUUUUAUAGUUUUAUGAUUCUCUGUUUUUUAACAUUGGGGAAAUAGUUACUCUUGCUACUGGAAAAUAUAAAGUAAAAAAAUGAAAUAUGA